GAAAAAAAUGUCAAAACAAUAUGGUCUCAUUAUACCGGGCCAACAAAAGAAGGCCCCUCCCACAGCUCAGCGUGAGGUUUCCAAACCUUCAAUUUUCGAUGAAAGCAGUAGUGCCUCCGAUGACGAUGGACCACCACAAAUGCAAAUGAAGAAGCCCGCAUUGGGACCCAGUAUGAUGGAAAGGCGGCGGGCCAAAAAUCUUCAGGCCCAGGCAUUGGCUGAAGAUCCCACCAUCUUUCAAUAUGACGAGGUAUACGAUGAGAUUGAAAAUAAGCGUGACGAAGAAAAGAAGGUCAAAACCAAUGAACCCAAAAAGCCAAAAUACAUAACGAAACUAUUGGAAACGGCCGAAAGGAGAAAAUUGGAAAAUGAGCUGCGUGUCGAAAGGCAAGUGCAAAAAGAACGUGAAGCAGAAGGAGAACAAUUCAAGGACAAAGAAGCCUUUGUCACCUCCUCGUAUCGUAAAAAACUCGAGGAAAUGCGUAAAUUGGAAGAACAAAACAAACGUGAUGACUAUUUGGAAGCUAUUGGGGAUGUUCGAAAACAAAGAGAUCUUGAUGGGUUCUAUCGUCAUCUCUAUGAACAAAAAAUGGGUACAACUAAAGAGGUAAUAAAACCUGAAUUAAGACCCGAAUUCACAACAUCCGGUGUGGGUGAUGAUGAGAGCGAGGAGGUAGCAUAUAAACCCAUUAAAUCUGGCAAACCUUCACAACAACGAGCCUAUCGUAAACGCCGUUCAUCCAAUGAGGAAGAAGAAGAGGCCACCAAGGACACAACUCUCUCUGAUGUGGCGGCGGAUAAAAAACAACAUUUAACCAAUAACAUAGAUGCUGAUUCUGAUUUUAGUAUAGAUGAUUCAUCAUCCUCCUCUUCAGCGGAAGACAGUGAUAACAACGAUGAAAACAAAUCUCCAAACAAAAAGAAGAAGAAAACGAAAUCGAAAUCGAAGGAAUCAAAUAAGAACACCACAGAACCUGCAACAAAGAUAGAUUCUAGCAAAAUUGCUCUUAAUUUAGAUUCUUUGAAAAGGGAUAAAACGGAAAAUACAAUAACAGAAUCUAAAAUAAAACCCGAUGAUAACAAGGAAGAGAUACCCGUAAAAUUACCAGUUCCCUCGGUGGAUAUUGAGGAAGAAAAUGAAACACCAACACCACCGCCCAAACCAAAACGUGACAAAACGGAAAUCUGGAAGAAGCGUACUGUGGGUGAAGUUUUUGAUGCCGCUGUUCAGCGUUAUUAUGAACGUAAGGCAGCAAGAAGUCAAGCUUAG